CCUUCACAACCACCCAUAAUGUCGCCAGGCGACUCAUCCAUACUACCACUACCUCAAAGUCUUCUCUUUGGUGAGAUCUUACCGGAACAGCACGAUAACCAGUCAGCGGGAUACGGCAUCGAGGCUUUUGGUGUCCGACCACGGCGGGGCUCAGAAUCCUAUCUUCUUCACGCAAAGGUUGUGCACCAGCGCACCUUGUCUGACCCAGACAUGAUCGAACCGCCAUCACCGACCGAUUGGUAUCGUAGUGCCCAACCGGAACCUCAGUUCACGCAACCGGUUCAUGCUUCUCAGUUGCCCCGAAGCCAUGGCCGAACGCAGAGCGAUACCGCCUCCCCGGCCACAAGGAAACCAGCCCCAUCCCAAGUUACGCGUCAACGAUCCCACGCAACUUCUCCGACUUCCAGACUCCCCAUUUCCGUCCGCAGACUGGGAAACCAGACAUCGGCUGCUACGUCCGGAACCUCGUCUCCCACCGACAGCCCGAGAGCCAGCCCCUCCUACCUCAAACGAACGAUCCCCGCCGCCGACCUUGUCCCUCCCAGCCCGAACGGCAGGACUUCGAGGCAGUCUAACUCCUCUACCAACCGAGCGAAGACAUCGACAGAAACCGUGCCGACGCGAAGGACACCUGCUCGAGGCGUCGCCACGUCGAACAGCAAUGCGCGCCUCGCAGCCUACGUGGCCGCCCCUGCUCCGAAGCCGUCACCACCCCUACGAAGUUCUCGCCCUCGACAGUCAGUAGCCACAGCGACCACAGCAAGCUCUCGCAUGAAGGCAGCCGACAGGGCCAAGUCGCCUCACCGGAACGCGUCCCAAACGGCCCAGAAAUCUGGGGAGUCGGCCGCAAGGCGCAAAAUAUCCAUCGGCCCUGUUGACUUUGAGCAGCGAAGGGAACAUAUCAGGCUAGCGUACAGCAAGUCAAUAAGGGAUACCCAGGCUCGGGAAGCGAGACAGCGAGCUGCAGAGAAACGUAAGAAGGAGCUCGAAGAGGCGGCGAGAGCCAAAGCCGCCUUGCUAGCGUUGCAGUCCCAAUUCGAGAAAAAAUCCGAGCACGAGGCUACUUCUUCACCGCAUCUCGAACAACCGGAAAAGCAACCCUCAAGUGCGUCAACAGCAACACCGACGCCGGUGGAAACCAGCCCAGACGUGCCGACUCCGCCGGUUGCCGCGAAAGAGCUGCUUGCUCUUGGGAUUCCGGGCAGCUUUCCUGUCAGCACACCUCCGGCCAAUGCGGAUGAGCCACCCCCUUCCGCCGUUUCGGCCACAAGCGAAACCACGGAAUUCGAUACCGAGCCACAGACUAUCCCCCCCCCCCAACCCAUUACGGAGGUAGACUCUGUUCCUGUGGAUCUUUCGGCACCAGGCCACGAGAAAGCCGAAUACAAAUACCCGUUCGAGGACGAGCCAGCCGAAGACGAUACUGCGUCAAUCAAAGUGGUGCUAGACGGCCAUAUUUCUCCUCGCAUACCUCCCCAAGUCGCGUCACAACCGGAGCUCACGGUCGGUACUAGGGAAGACCGUGAUCACUCCGUGCCCGGUGCCUUCUCAGAGGACUACGAACCGAUUCCUUAUGCCGGCCCCCCGCUCGGAACGGUCAUCCAGAUCCUUCGACGCGAGUCCGACGACCAAAGUAUUCCCCAGGAGACGGCAGUCCCUCUCAGUGCAGACGAGGACGAGUGCGAUGGUGAAAGCUGCCUCACGAGCUUAGAUCACGGCGAGGCGCGAGAAGCCGAGCACCCCACGUCGCAACAGGAUGUUCAGUCCUGCGGAGCCUCGGCGACAUUAGACGUUUAUUGUAAGACGGAAGAUCGAACCCGGGACACCCUAUCCUCAGAUCGGGCCUCAUCAUGCGACUCCGAGCCUAUCAAUGAUGGGCAUCGGGGAACUCACCCAACUCACCAGACGCCCGAUAUAUCAGAAGGUCUGACCGCGCCGGCCCUUCUGUCAUUUGCGAACCGAGCAAGCCAGCACUCUGUCUGGACCGACUUCUCGAUCGAGAGCAAUGACGCCUCGUCACGCGUAUCUAGGGAAUCAAUGCUUCAAGAUGAACCCUUACCACCGCCGAAGCCCCCGUUCGCAUCGGACGUGAGCUACCGCGCAGGGUCUGGAUCCGAAGCCUCGUCUGCAAGACACAGCAGUUAUUACAGCCCAAACCUGUCGCCGCUCGAUGCUGGCGUCAAUCAGUCACCGCUGCCUAUGGGCAGCCAUCAGCUUCCUGAGAUUGACACCGGAGAAGGGUUUUCCAUCCCGUACCUUUCUAACCGGAUGAGCCGGAACCUGUCUCAUGUGCCCUUGCCAGACUACGAGCCACCUCCUGUACCUACCCCGGCAUCGAGUUCCAUCAGCGAGUUUCGCAGGCCGCCGUCCAGUACCUAUCAGACGCUGGUUGGUUCCUCCAGGCGCGGAAGUGAGGACCAUGCUCGACCCAUUUCCACGCCGCAUUCCGUUGAUCGCGAGUCUCUCGGCGUGAGAGAGCCAUCUAUUGGUGGACCGACCCUUGUUGACCCGGACCAGAGGUCGUCAACGGCGGCAGGGUCGAUUCAGGAAGAUGAUGAGACGGCAAAGAAGGAACGGCGCAGGCUUCAACAGCGACGCAAUGUCAUCAAGGAGCUAAUCGAUACCGAAAUGGUAUUCGUGAGAGACAUGAACAUAGUCGAGGAGAUCUACAAGGGCACAGCCGAAGCCUGCCCAAGGCUCGACGGGAAGACGAUCAAGCUUAUUUUCCGUAAUGUCGAUGAGAUUGUUGUCUUCCACACUGCUUUCCUCGCCCAGCUCAAAGAAGCCGCCGCUCCCGUCUACACGCCGCUGGGACGACGUUCAGCCCAGCCGACGGAAGAAGGCGUUCAACCGGAGACGGUCACGUCCAACGAGUCGGACGAUGCCAAGGACCGUUCUGUGGUUUUCGGCCCUCUUUUCCAGCAAAACAUGGAAAAGAUGAAGGCUGCGCACGAAGGCUUUUUACGGAAUAGCGGCCAUGCUGCAAAGAGACUCAUCCAGAUUCAGCAAGAUCCGACUGUGCAAGUCUGGCUCAACGAGUGCAACGAGGUGGCGAAGGAUCUCACCGCGGCGUGGGACCUCGACUCCCUUCUCAUCAAACCCAUGCAGAGGAUCACGAAAUACCCUAAUCUCAUCGUCACGCUGUUGCAGCAUACGCCUCAAGACCACCCUGACCGUGCGGCCUUGAUUUCGGCCAAAGAGAUCCUAGAAACUGCCAUUAUCGAGAUCAACAAAACGAAAAAGAACUUUGAGCUAGUCGGGCAGAUUGUCGGACGGAAGCGCAAGGAGUCCGACGUCAAGACCGGCUUUGCUCGCGCAUUUGGCAAGAGGGUGGAUAAGCUCCAAGCAUCAAGCACCAGGAUUCCCGAGGACGCCGUGUACGCGAAGCUCCAGGACAAGUUCAGCGAUGACUUCCUUCGGCUGCAGGUCGUCCUUCGAGACGUCGAGUUUUACACCAGGCAAGUGAGCGCAUACGUCCACGAAUUUCUGCAGUACCUCUCGUCCAUGGAACUCGUCAUGAGGCUUCAGCCAGGAAGCUACCCCGAACUGGAGAGCAAAUGGGUCCAGUUCAACGUGUCGAUGAGAGACAUUGAGAAGAUGGCCCUUGACCAACAUCUUGCCCAAGUGCGCAAACAUGUCAUCGAGCCUUUCGAACUGGUCAUUCAAGCGUACGGCAAUCCGUCUCUAGCCAUGAAGAAGCGGGCCAAGCGAAGGGCGGACUACGAGAGAGCUGAGCAGCUGAAGAAAGCCGGCAAGUCUAUCGAUGCUAAGCUGAAAGAACAAGUGGAGCAAUAUGAAGCGCUCAACGAGACGCUGAAGAAGGAACUGCCGAAGCUGUCAGGCCUGACAGAAAGGGUUGGCAACAUUUGCCUCGGAAACCUGGUCAACAUUCAGGCAAACUGGUAUGGAAUUUGGAAAGACAAAGUCAAAGCGGUGCUCGGUGACUCCCCCGAGGUGCCGGAGAUUCAAGACAUUGUCUCCACGUUCCAGGCCGACUACAAAUUUGCGCACGAGCAGCUUCAGAGCAUCGGCAUCCUGAAUCCGGCCUACAAGGGCAGAGCAUCUCUGUCCACUACCAACACCCGUGCCAGCACGGACGACGGAGCGUCUAGGGUGCGUCAUCGCCCGGCCGAGCUCAGCCCGCGGAUCCGUGGGAGGUCGGUGAACAGCGAUCAUGCACCUGUGUUGCCGGCUCCGGACUUUGCCAGGCACUCGGGUGGACAGCUCUCGCUGUCUCCAUCGCCGUCGAUUCCAAGCCCCCACCAGUAUUAUUACCGGGACUAUUAUGCGGGUCUCAACGUUUCGCGACCUUCACCUCAGGCUGGAGCGACUGCAUCGCCGCUCAUCGGAGGCGAGUCGUCUUCUGGUACCCCCACUGGCGCUCCCUCGCCGUCCACCCGGCCCGGAACCGGAUGGAGUUAUGACUCGGGCGGUCUGCCGCGACAAAGCUCCGAAUCGAGUGCCAAUGCAUUGCGCGAGUCGAGUUCGACAUACAAUUCCCCCAACCCAGCGCCGCCGGAAUCGAGGCGAUACUCUGGACUCUUCCACUCAGCUCUUCCCAUGACGGAUGGUGCCGAAGAAAGCCAACGACAAUCGAGGGCAUCGUCUCGUGAACGUGUCCAUGCCAGGAUUGGAUACAACGUGUUGUGGCUGGCGGCAUCGCUCUUCGAAUUCAAUAUCGAGACGACCAAACAUGAAGCCGGAUACCCGUAUCUCACGUACCAAGCUGGCGAGAUUUUUGACGUUGUUGCUGAGAAAGGAGAGCUCUGGCUGGCCAAAAACCAAGAUGAUCCUGCCGAGGAAGUGGGAUGGAUCUGGUCAAAGCACUUUGCCAAACUUGCCGACUCCUAG